AUGAUUCCAAACAUUUUUUAAAAAUUAAUAACUGAAAAGUGGGGUGUGCGUAAUUAUUCAGCCCCCUUUGGUCUGAGUGCAGUCAGUUGCCCAUAGACAUUGCCUGAUGCGUGCUAAUGAGUAAAUAGAGUGCACCUGUGUGUAAUCUAAUGUCAGUACAAAUAUAUUGGGAAUAUUGGGAGACAAUAUUGACAAUUAUUGACAAAUAUUGACAAUAUAAAGACAAUAUUGGGAGAAUAUUGGGAGCAACAACACCAUGCAGUCCAAAGAACACAACAGACAGGUCAGGGAUAAAGUUAUUGAGAAAUUUAAAGCAGGUUUAGGCUACAAAAAGAUUUCCCAAGCCUUGAACAUCCCACGGAGCACUGUUCGAGCGAUCAUUCAGAAAUGGAAGGAGUAUGGCACAACUGUAAACCUACCAAGACAAGGCCGUCCACCUAAACUCACAGGCCGAACAAGGAGAGCGCUGAUCAGAAAUGCAGCCAAGAGGCCCAUGGUGACUCUGGAUGAGCUGCAGAGAUCUACAGCUCAGGUGGGGGAAUCUGUCCAUAGGACAACUAUUAGUCGUGCACUGCACAAAGUUGGCCUUUAUGGAAGAGUGGCAAGAAGAAAGCCAUUGUUAACAGAAAACCAUAAGAAGUCCUGUUUGCAGUUUGCCACAGGUGAAUACUUUUGCAAGCCACUGUAGGUGGCAAGAGAUCAUUUUAGGGUGGCACAUGCCACCCUUCUAGAUCCGCCCCUACAAUAAAUCCCUGUACCCGUACAGCUGGAAUCCCUGGAAACAGAAAGGUGGAUGAGCUCGGCAUGGAAGUAUCUGAUCACCCAUAUGGAGAGGAGAUGCCUCUUUUUGAUCUUAUUGUAAAACUUCCGUGUUUUCAUUUUUUCCGUGUCUGCUGUUUUCCCUCCUUUUUUCCAAAUAUAACUGAAAAUGAACAUCUCUGUUUCAUAGUCCAGCGUGUGCUCGUCUCUGUGUCAUGACUCCCAGAAACAUGAUCACCCUUCAGUGGGGUUGAUCUGGAAGGAUUCCCACGCUGGAGGCCAGUAUGGUCUGACUGGUUCUGUUUCAUUCAGGUGGGAUGUCUCAUGGACCCAAAGGUCCCACCAGUUACUACUACAUGUUACCCAUGAAAGUCUGAGUGCAAGGACUCAAAGUGGCACUGAGCUCCAAGAUGGCUCAGGAUGAUCUUCACAUUGUGGACUCCCUGAACAUCCCCACACCAGACUCUCAGUACCUGCUUGACCUCAUCAGACACAGACACUGGGGAGAGUCUGUGUUAAUAGUGGAUGUAGGUGAAGACUUUUCUGAAAACAUCCUUCAGGCCACGGCAAACUUGAAGACAGUAAACAUCAUUCCAGCAAUCGGUCUGAAUGUCCACAGCAUGCUGAAACAUGAAGCCAUCGUCCUGACUUUGGAAACGGUUAAGUUUCUGGCGCGAUGAGCGUUACACGCCUCUCUACCCGUUUAAACUACCCUACUCUGACUUUCCUUAAAGAGUGACCUGUAGCAUAUUAACUGAGUUAAGUGAGUCACAU